AUGUCAACUACACCCAAGGACGCCGCAAAGCGGUCUAAUUCCCGUUCUCGAACAUCCAGGCCUACAACCCCUCUUCGACCCUCGUCACGAUCUUCUUUUCGCGACUCUGCACGCGGGGGGCGAGACCAUGAUGCGCCUUUUCCGUUGAACGCAUUCGAACCCGCCUUUGCCGAGCUUUCUGAUGCCAUGGCUGAUCUUGAAGCAAACAUGAUGCACUUUCAGCUCAUGCACGAGAGUCUGGCAAGGUUCAGCGAGUCUUUCGCAAGCUUCCUUUAUGGAUUGAAUAUGAAUGCCUUCUGUGUCGAUUUCCCUGAGGGGCCGGUUCCUGAAUCCUUCCGUCGAGAUAGAACCCGACAAGAGCAACCAGCCGCAACUCCAUCGAAAUCCGAGACCGAUGCAGAAAUGACAUUCAUGACCACGGAUGGAUCAUUUAUCGAGAAUCCACCAACGACUACCAAAUCAUCCAAGUUCACCACACCAGAGCCUCCAAAACGACAAUCACGUCUACCUGCAGCUCCAGGUCGAGGAACAACGACGCGAGGUAGAUCAACACGGGGAGUCGGGCGAAGCCGGCCGAGUGGGCUUGCCAGGGCGCGCGGUCGAAGUGUGAGAUGA